AUGCCUUCCAGAUUAGCAGCUUUUCGGCAACCGAGUGAAGAAGCUAAUAAAAUUGCUGAUAUUUUAAUUCGUUAUUCUAUUCAUUAUCCAAAAAUUUCUUUUUCUUAUCGUCGUCUAGAUGGAAAUGGCUAUGAUUUUAGAACAUCUGGGGAUGGGGAUCAACAUGGCACAAUAAAAAGGCUUCUUCAUGAAAAAGCAUCUAAUGUUAGUUUUUGGAGGGUUUUUCCACUAUAUUCCUAA